GCGAGGAACUAUGGUACAGUUCUUCUAAGGAGACAGUGCACGAUUUCGAGGUGUUUCAGAUUCGCCAGCGGAUACACCUCCGACCACAGACGCUUCCGAUCUGCUUCGCCUACUUACCGAAGGCAACGGCUCUUCCCACUCUCCGAAAGCUCAUCUGGAACGCCUUCUCAGUGGUGUCGAUCUGCCUCAUGAUAUCACCUCGUCUGCAAUGGAAGUACCGACUACGUUCUCUAUGGGUAUCGAUCUGUCCAUGUAUGGCGAUCUUGGAUGUGCUGGAGCGUUAAGAAACUCUUCAAAGACUCUGAAAUGUCCGAAGUGUAACUGGCAUUACAAGUAUCAAGAGACACUGGAGAUACAUAUGAAGGAAAAACAUUCUGAAGGAGAGUUGUGUAAGUACAGUACGACAACGAAAGGAAAUUUAAGCAUCCAUAUGCAAAGCGAUAAGCAUCUUCAUGCUGUGCAAGAGUUACCUAGCAGUAUCGCGUCCCUUUCCUGUCCGCCAGCUCGUUCGCCUCCAUCAGACGGUGAUCGAUCAUUGGUAUGCGUUGUGUGUGGAUGUUACUCCAGUGAUGAUCUUGAUGAGAUGAUCUCACAUGCUGAUAAGGACCGCUCACGUCCAUCCCAUGGCGAUAUAUCGAUGAGUGGAGGUGUGUUCCGUUGUCAUCUGUGUCCAUAUCACACAAACCUCAAGGCGAAUUUCCAACUGCACACUCGGACCGACAAGCAUCUGCAACGAGUACAAAUGGUAAGUUCGAAUAGAAGUUUGUGGGCGGAGUUUCCCAUGGGGAGCGGGCUGUGGGUGGGGUCUACUGCUAAAUGGAAGGAUGCGGAUUCAAGAACUAUAUUCGUCGUUUUGGCUUCUUUCAAUAAUCUAUAA